GUUGGCUAGAAAGAAGCUCGUCAGCAGCAGGCCCCCUCUCUCUCGCUGUCUCUCCGAAAAGCAUUCAGAAGCAGCGGCAGCAGCUUCGUGUUGCCCGUGUUGAUCGUCUUAAACACAGUCAUUCGGUUGCGCCUUGCCUCGUCCCCAAUUCAUUUUCUUUCACUUCGCUCUUGAAUUGACAGCGCAUUUUGACAUGCGUUGGGAGAAAUUCGCCUCCUUCAUUUUUUUACUUAUCUCCGGUACCGAUGCACAAUUCGGGGAAAUUGCAUCGUUAGCGACAUCCCUGCUCGGGGGGGCUCUUGGAAAUGGUGCUGGAUUGGGAGCCUUGGCUGGAGCGGGAGCUGCGGGAGCAGGGGCAGCCGGUCAAGCCGGAGGUGCGAUAGCUCAGAUUGGACAGUUGUAUCAGCUUGCUCAAGGAGCCCUGCAACUGACUGGAACUGGAGUUGGAGUACUAAACCAGGCCUCGGAAGGAAAUUGGUUCCCAGCAGUUUUAGAACAGACAGCUAAAAAUUCUCAAGCACUUAUGAAGCAAGGAGGAGGUGGUGGUUUGAACCUUGGUGCUCUUGGUCCAGCACCUGGAAAAACUUCUGGCGGACUUGGGCCAGAGUUUGGGACUAGCUUCCCCGCGCCGAACAUAGACGAUUACGAUGAGAACGCUGAGAUUCCGGGAGUUACAGAGAAAAAAACGCCAAAGGCACCUGACGGUCUUGUGGAUAUUGAAGAAGAAGACUAUGAAGUUGACACGACUACUCCAACUACCUCGACAACGACUACAGAAUCAACAACAACUACUACAACACCUGACGAGUACGAAGAAGAGGCAACUACUGAGCCAACAAGUCCACCACCGCGUCAAAUCAGAAUUCAGCUGCCAGACAAAAAUGGGAAAACUCAGCCUGAAGAAGAAUUGGAUUAUGAGGAUUUGAUAAACAAGAAAACUGAAAUUGGCCAACAAGUGAUUCCAACUAUCGACGCUGAAAGCACAGAUGAACUUAAAAGAAAUGUGAUAGCUACUCAUGGAACGAAGACGCAACCUAUUGUGCCGAAGCUUGACAAGCUGGUUGAAGUGCUCAAAAAGAGCAAGCUUUCAAAGGAAGAAAUUGAUGAAAUUGUAGCUCAAGUGGAAGGGAAUAAGAACAUUGAGAAACCGGCAAAGUAUGACUUCAAUGCAGCGGUGCAAAACAUUCCCGACAAGAGAAACAAUAUUCGUCAGAAAAUUACUGAUGCUUCGCGAAUCAUCAGCACAAAUUUCGAGAAUCAGCGUAAAGAGCAGAGUAUAGUGGUGCAGCAGCAAGUCGACGAGCUCAAAGUUUUGCCAGAUCUUACUGAUUCCAGUAUUGCACCAAUAAUUCUUACAACAACAACAACCCAAGCACCCAAAACAUCAUCUGCUACAACAACUGCACCAAAAGUAACCACUACAACACGUGCAACCCAUUCUCCAACCACGACUCAAAAACUUGUUACCCAAUCAGCAAAGCAUAUUCAGCAAGCAAGAUCAGUGUCGGUUGUUGCUCCGACUGCUCCGACUCAUCCACAAGUUGCUCCACAAGUUGCUCCACAAGUUGCUCUACAAACUGCUCAACAAGUCGCGCCGCAAGUUCAACAACCACAACAACCGUAUAACAACUUCUGGAACCAUCAAAAUCACUUCCAGCAGCCGUUCCACCAACAGCAGCAACAGUUUUACUAUACCCAGGCUCCAUUCUACGGACAACAAACCCAAAACUACUGGGGACAACAAAAUAAUCAAUAUAAUCAACAGUACGGCCUCCCACCUUAUCAUCAACCUCAACAAACUCAACAGCCCCAAGGUUAUCAACAGCAACAAUAUGGUUAUUCGACACCAUUCCCAGUUCAACAACCACAACCUCAACAACCUCAACAACAACAGUUUUAUAAUCAACAACAGUAUAAUGCCCAAACACCUCAGCAGGUGCAGCAAGUUCAUCAACAGACUCCACAGCAACAAGUACAGCAGCCUCAUCAACCUAACCAACAACCACACAUCCCCUCUCAACAACUUCCCCGCCAGCAAGCUCCACAACCGGCCCAAAACCGACCUAGCGCCGCUCAACAAGUUGUGUUCCAGCAAGGAAGUGUCCAAGCCACAACUGCUCCUCAGAGGCCUGCCAACGGAAAUACCAAUCAAGUUGUUCAUUACUAUCAAGACGGCAAACAAGUUGUGCAACAGAUUAUUCCAAGAAGAAUCGCUGCAAAUGGGAAUCUUCCACUCAAUGGACCAUUCAACUCACAGUCUGUCGGUCCGACCGAUCCAGCAGAGUAUCAGAGAAGACAACGAGCUUUGCACCAAGCUUACUCUCAGCCACAAACAAGGGGAACUGUUGCAACUAGAUCAGUGGCAACUGGAGCACAGAGACAAAGAAAUGCCCAACCCGCUGCCCGUGUCCAGCCUAGAAUAUAUGAGUCAACUGUAACUGCAACCGGUCACCAUCAGGCCCAUGCCAUCCGUACUUACCAAGCCACCAAAUCAGCAAGUGUGACCCCACCCAACCCACAACCAUCCGCCGCUACAAGAAGUUCCGGAAGAGUGAGUUCAUCGAAAAAACGGUACAGUGGGCAUGUACUUCCUGGUCCAACAAUUGAUCAUAGGAGUCUAAUCGAAAAACGAACGACUGCUAAGCCUCGUUACGUCCGUGUGCCAUAAAUAUCUACAAAAAAAUCCAUGAUGAUGUCUGCAAUACUUAAUUUAUUUGACUAGUAUUCUUAUGUUUUGCCUUUUCUCAUUUUCAGGUUGUCAUAUUUUAAAUUAAUUUAUUUCUCUCAUUUCUCUCAUUUCCCACUAAUAUGUAUAUUAUUUCGUUUGUGAUUGUUAGAGCUUAGUGCUCAAAAAUAAUGAAAAAUCAUUU